AUGGACAGAGCAGCAAGUGAUGUAAGGGCACUCAUUUUUACUACUGAGCAUAUAGGUACUUUGACUCUUCCACCUAGAGAUGUUAUUGAAGUAGAGCAUGAUCUGGAGUUUUUAGCGGGUAGAGAAGAUAUACUUCAAGACAUGUUGCAGGUUUUGAUGAGUCGAUUAUGGGGGACAUUCGGCGGGGAGCAAGAAUGCAGUGGUGGAAUGUCAAGAGUCUUGGAGACUACUCCAAACAGUUAA